CGUCGCUCCUACGAUCGCCUCUUUGCUCCCGAGAAGAUGCACUCCAAUGAGGAGGGAGGCUACGAUUCUGACGACUUUAUGUGAUUGCCAUUCAACCCAAAAAGAGAUAUGA